AUGCUUCUCGAUUUGUUUGGACUGUUCGGAGGAAAGCCUUCAUGGUCUCUAAGUCCAAAAAAGUUUGAAGGGUGCAACCAGAACAACUUCGGAGGAAAAGUGAUAGUCCCGCAAUCCGUUCUGGUUGAUCUUGUAUCGUUCCAGAUCCAACCUCCAUUUACAUUUGAAAUUUCACACUCCGACGGGGUUUUCAAGACCCAUUGUGGAGUCUUGGAGUUUACUGGCGAGGAAGGCCAGGUAGUUGUUCCUUCAUGGAUGUACCAGCAACUUUCUAUGGGAGAUGUAGACAAGGUCGAGCUCAAAUAUAUGACUUUUCCACUUGGGAGGUUUGUAAAGCUGAUUCCUCACUCUGUAGACUUCCUUGAGGUCGAAAACCCAAAGCAAGAGCUGGAGCUGUGUCUGAGAAACUACCAGGUCCUUUCCGAGGGAGAUGAGAUCUUGUUCCAGUUUGAUGAAGUUGGAUCGAUGAGAUUCACAGUUGCACAUAUAGAGCCAUCAAGCAGUGCAGUAUACAUUGUAGACACAGAUCUGGCUGUUGACUUCCUGGAACCAAUUGGAUUUAAGGACAAGGUGGAGAGAGAAAGGACUGUUACAAAGUACAUCGAAGUAGUAAAUUCAAACUAUGACAUAAAGCCAAUCCGGAUGAAGAAGCUUGGGCUGUAUAUGUAUAAGUCAGCAGAUUAA